CCCCGUUCCUGGUUUACUAUAGAAUCUGUGAAAGAAGUUUCUACAAUGGUUUGCUCAGCUCUCAGGAGAGUUGCCCAGGUGCAUGCUUACCUGGUGAGGAAGUCCAGUAGUGUCUCCAAAGGCCAUCAUUGUCAGGCCUUGGGCUCGAGACCUGCUGCUUCGGAGUCUGCUGCCCGAGGAGCUCCAGGUGGCAUGGUGGAGUUGCUGGGCAAAUCUUAUCUUCAGGAUGACUAUAGCAACCUCUCCCGGAAGGUCCUCUCCAAGGUCGGCAGGAAUCUGCACCACCAGCAGCAUCACCCGCUCUGGCUGAUCAAGGAGAGGGUGAAGGAGCACUUCUACAAGCAGUAUGUGGGCCGCUUUGGGACUCCGCUGUUCUCGGUCUAUGAUGACCUUUCUCCAGUGGUCACCACCUGGCAGAACUUUGACAGCCUGCUCAUCCCAGCUGACCACCCCAGCAGGAAGAAGGGAGACAACUAUUACCUGAACAGGACUCACAUGCUGCGAGCACACACGUCUGCACACCAGUGGGACCUGCUGCGCGCCGGACUGGAUGCCUUCCUGGUGGUGGGCGAUGUCUACCGGCGCGACCAGAUCGACUCCCAGCACUACCCAGUGUUCCACCAGCUGGAGGGCGUCCGACUCUUCUCUCAGCAUGAGUUAUUUGCUGGCAUAAAGGAUGGAGAAAGUCUACAGCUCUUUGAACAGAGUUCUCGCUCUGCCUGUAAACAAGAGACACACACCAUGGAAGCCAUGAAGCUCGUUGAGUUUGACCUUAAGCAAACACUUACUAGGCUUGUAUCACAUAUUUUUGGAGACGGACUGGACAUUAGAUGGGUAGACUGCUACUUCCCUUUUACUCAUCCUUCCUUUGAGAUGGAGAUCAACUUCCAUGGAGAAUGGCUUGAAGUCCUUGGCUGUGGGGUGAUGGAACAGCAACUGGUAAAUUCAGCCGGUGCUCAUGAUCAGAUCGGUUGGGCCUUUGGUCUAGGACUGGAAAGACUGGCCAUGAUCCUCUAUGACAUCCCUGACAUCCGCCUUUUUUGGAGUGAGGAUGAGCGUUUCCUGAAGCAGUUCCAUGUGUCAGAUAUCAACCAACAUGUGAAAUUCCAGCCUUUUAGCAAAUAUCCUGCUGUGAUAAAUGACAUCUCAUUCUGGUUGCCCUCUGAGAAUUUUAUAGAAAACGAUUUCUAUGACUUAGUACGGACAAUUGGAGGAGACCUGGUGGAAAGAGUUGAUCUGAUAGACAAGUUUAAACAUCCAAAGUUGAGGAACGUGUCCAGAAUGUGUCAUUUCUGAAAGAGGUCUUGCUGGUAGACCUCACUCUUGCUCCAGAAUGAAGCAGCCACCUUCCUUCUUCACCCCACUCUACAAAGAGAAUGCCACUUACCAAUCCUGCACUCUCUCCGUCACAGUGUGGUUACCACCUUCAAUCAGUGGUCCGUUCCUUCAUUAUGUAUUUCACCUAAAUAUCAUUCACCUAAAUGCCUAUUGUGUGCCAGGCACUGUAGUUAAAAUAGAAAGCAAAAACAGACAGGGCUGAUAUUUGUGAAGAGCUUCCAGUUGAGACUAGAUGGAGAAACUAAAUUAUAAAAUUACAUAUAAAUGUGGAUGCCUGGUUGACUCGGUUGUU